UGAACGUGUGAGCGAUGCAGAGACUGGAGCCUAGUGAGGAUGGGUGAGGGUGUGGGCUCCCCACUCACUCACACCAGCACCCAGAGGAGUCAGGCUGAGGAGCUGCAGAUCCAGCACUCACACACAAAGAUACCUGACACCUGUCCUCAUGACUCGUGACAGGAGCCCCCAGAGGCUGAGCAGGUCCAGCUAUGGUUCCAUCUCCAGCCCAUCUGGCCCAGGGCCACAGCAAGCGCCUCCCAAGGAGACCUACCUGAGCGAGAAGAUCCCUAUCCCCGACACGGAACAGGGCACAUUCAGCCUGCGGAAACUGUGGGCCUUCACAGGACCUGGCUUCCUCAUGAGCAUCGCUUUCCUGGACCCAGGGAACAUUGAGUCGGACUUACAGGCUGGCGCUGUGGCCGGAUUCAAACUGCUCUGGGUGCUGCUGUGGGCCACCGUGCUGGGCUUGCUCUGUCAGCGGCUGGCUGCCCGGCUAGGCGUGGUGACAGGCAAGGACUUGGGUGAGGUCUGCUAUCUCUACUACCCUAAGGUGCCUCGAACCCUGCUCUGGCUGACCAUUGAGCUAGCCAUUGUGGGCUCAGACAUGCAGGAGGUCAUUGGCACAGCUAUCGCCUUCAAUCUGCUCUCAGCUGGACGAAUUCCACUCUGGGGUGGCGUCCUGAUCACCAUCGUGGACACCUUCUUCUUCCUCUUCCUGGACAACUAUGGCUUGCGGAAGCUGGAAGCUUUUUUCGGAUUCCUUAUUACCAUUAUGGCCUUGACCUUUGGCUAUGAGUAUGUGGUGGCCCGUCCUGCCCAGGGAGCUCUUCUGCAAGGUCUGUUCCUGCCCUCAUGCUCUGACUGUGGCCAGCCUGAGCUACUGCAGGCUGUGGGCAUCGUCGGUGCCAUCAUCAUGCCCCAUAACAUCUACCUGCACUCGUCCUUGGUCAAGUCUAGAGAGGUGGACCGAGCCCGCCGGGUGGACAUCCGAGAAGCCAACAUGUACUUUCUGAUUGAGGCCACCAUUGCUCUAUCCGUCUCCUUCAUCAUCAACCUCUUUGUCAUGGCUGUUUUUGGGCAGGCCUUCUACCAGAAAACCAAUGAGGAUGCGUUCGGCAUCUGUGCCAACAGCAGCCUCCACGACUACGCCAAGAUCUUCCCCAGGAACAAUCACACGGUGGCAGUGGACAUUUACCAAGGAGGCGUGAUCCUGGGCUGUCUCUUCGGCCCCGCGGCCCUCUACAUCUGGGCUGUGGGGCUCCUGGCCGCAGGGCAGAGCUCCACCAUGACCGGCACCUACGCGGGACAGUUCGUGAUGGAGGGUUUCCUGAGGCUGCGCUGGUCCCGCUUCGCCCGCGUCCUCCUCACCCGCUCCUGCGCCAUCCUGCCCACCGUUCUCGUGGCUGUCUUCCGCGACCUGAGGGACCUGUCGGGCCUAAACGACCUGCUCAACGUGCUGCAGAGCCUGCUGCUUCCCUUUGCAGUACUGCCCAUCCUGACCUUCACCAGUAUGCCAGCCGUCAUGCAGGAGUUUGCCAAUGGCCUGCUGAGCAAGGCUGUCACCUCCUGCAUCAUGGCCCUGGUCUGCGCCAUCAACCUCUACUUUGUGAUCAGCUACCUGCCCAGCCUCCCACACCCUGCCUACUUUGGCCUGGUGGCUGUGCUGGCUGCAGUCUACCUGGGCCUUACUGUCUAUCUGGCCUGGACCUGUUGCAUCGCCCACGGAGCCGUUUUUCUGACCCACAGCUCCCACCAGCACUUUCUGUAUGGGCUCCUGGAAGAGGACCAGGUGGAUGGGAAGGGCUCACCAUGAGCUCCACUUAGGUGGAAUGAGGGUGGCAGACUGGCCUCCAGGACGCAGCAGGAUGUGGAGACAGCAAGAUGGCACAAGACACUUGGCCAACUUGAACAACGACCAAGCAGGACUUACUGGACUUAAUGUUUCCUGCUGUAGACAAGUGCUUACCUCAGGUUCUCAGUGCCCUCAUCUGUAAAAGGGAGGACUACUGGGACAUUACUAUGGAUGUAAAACACUUUAACACAAUCGUGGCACUUGGUACUUUAAAAUCAUUCAAGGAGUAUUUAUUUGUGCACACCUUUAACCCCACCAGCAGGAGGCUGAGGCAGGAAGGUCCAGGCCAGCCUGGGCUCCAACUAGCACUUAAUAGAGUCUAAUGAAUGCUAAGGAAAUUCUAGCCCCUUUUCUCUUCCAAAGAGCUGUGAACAUAAACCCAGAAGGCCAGAAAUCUAAAUGAUCAAGAGGAUGCUAGCUACUUGGGAGGCUGAAAUCAGAAAGUGUCGUUGUUCAAGGCCAGUCUGGGCAAAUAGUUCUUGAGAUCCCCAUCUCUAAAA